AGCCUAAGCUAAAAGGGGAUUAUUUUCUCUAUAUAAUGGUCUGUGAUCAGCUUAAUUUCAUUAGAUGACGAUCAGACAAAUUGCUUACUAUUUACUGAAACGUUAUUGGCCAAUCGAAAACCCGCUUUGAUAACAAUUCGAAUCAGCUUGAACACUAAGUGAACAACACCGUAACGAAUCGCUUCAAACCCACAGUUUAUUCGCAGGUGUUUGAGUGAUAACGCACGCGGACCUGGAAUAUAUAGUAUACCCCAAUGUUCUGCUGGUUAAACUUUUUUAGAAAAAAAAGUUACCUAAUAUAAAUGAUAGACAUGGAUCCACGCACAGCGACUGCUUUCCGGUUGUCAUCGUUAUCUCACGGAUGUUUUCCAACUCCUAUGAGCGCUCUCACGGUACCAUCCUUUUCCAUAGAUAAUAUUUUAGCUCCCAGGCCAUAUGCUUUUCACACGAGGCCUAACCCUUACAUGCCUGUAGCAAACCCAGCUCAUUUAUCAUCGAUAUCUCCCGAAUACCACCUGGCAUAUCCCGCAUUUGCCGGUUACCCGUCACUGGAGAUGAUGAGCAAGGCACACAAACGGAAGCGUCGGCAUAGAACGAUAUUCACGGAAGAACAGCUUGAACAACUCGAAGUCACAUUUGAAAAAACACACUACCCUGACGUCAUGAUGCGGGAGGAAUUAGCUAUGAAAGUCGACCUCAAAGAAGAAAGAGUAGAGGUUUGGUUCAAAAACAGACGUGCCAAAUGGAGGAAACAGAAGCGAGAGCAACAAGAAACCGUCAAGCGAGCCUCAAACUUAGAUGUUGAAAAUAGUCAUCCAACCACACUCGUACCAAACAGUCCAAACUACAGUGACGAUGAAGACGAUCCAAAUACCACUACUGCCAACACAGAAACGAACGAAAAUAAACAUUUUAAAAUAAAAAAAGAAAUCGAAAAGAUAGAUAUUAUAAGCGGAACGUCUUUAAUUUCAGGUUUUAAUAAUAUUAAUAACACUCACUAAUUUCCCAUAGUUCCCAAAUUCGAAAAAUCCUUUCUGUUAGAUCUGAUUAAAUGAGCUUCCUUAAUAUAUUUUAUUUUAUUUUGCCGUGCGCAUGGUACGAAUCGGCGCUGACUUUCCUGAGACAAUUGAUAAUAAAGUAGUAAAAACAUUCAAAUAUUAUGAAUUUGCGGGAGAUGGUUUAUUUUCCGGGGGAUUCGUCCUUUGAUUGCGGGAGUGCAGGGAGAAUCCGACAAGUUCCGGGAGACUUCGGACCAUCCCUGUAAAAUCCUGGUUUCCAUAAAAUCGUUAUUUAAUAAGUGUUGCAAGAAUCUGGUUCUGGUGGGUAAAGCCGACCUCCAAAAUGUUUAGGAGUAUAACAGGAGGGGUAGAAAUAGUGUCAAAUUACAGGAAAGGUCCACCACCACAUGAGCAGGAUUGCCGUAUCGCCUCAGGCCGCAUUGCACCUGAUAGUUAGGAAACUCACAAUCACAAGAGCAUCGGCUUUGCGAAAAAAAAACAAAAAACAAAUUUGGUAGUGAAAUCUUGGAACGUUUAGAAAUAGAGUAAGUGAAAAUUACACCUCCAAGAAAGGAGGCGAGAAGAUUAGAAUAUUAAGAGUAAUAAAAUAAUAAUAAUAAUAAUAAUAAUAAUAAUAAUAAUAAUAAUAAUAAUAAUAAUAAUAAUAAUAAUAAUGUCAUCUUAUUAGGCGCACGUAUCCAUCUCUUGGUAGAGCUGCUCGUGACGCCGUUUUCCGCCUGCAGAGUGUUAACUAGCAAUUAUAUGGAAACUAUGCUUAGUCAUACUAUUGGUUUUUCUAUCACAUUUAAAGAUAGAUUUGUAUUUAUUUAACAUAGUUUGGAUUACUUAGUUUACUAAUUAAUCAUUUCAGUUUUUGAGGGCCAUCCCUUUUCAUGACAGACGGUUAUCUUUAAUUUGCUAAAGAAAGCGACAGGGGGCGGUUACUCAUGAACUGACGAAUAAAAAUUACAAGCCGCCGCUGUAGUCGCAAGAGUGCAUAAGCAACUCGACAAUGAUAACGCGUAAUUCUAGAUAAACUACAAAAAAAAAAAAAAAAAAAAAAAAAAA